UUCAUUGUCAUCGUAGAAACAAGGGAAAGUACUCACGUGCCUUAAAUCACGAUUCCAUCCCCCAAAUACACACUCCUUCUCCAUUGCAUUUUGCAGUCUCACUGUCUCAGUAAUGGCCUCUAUAUCAUUCGCCUUGUCUCCUUCUUCAUUGUCCCCUUUCAGAAAAUUCAUUUAUGUCAAUAAUCUUCCAAAAACCCCAUCAUCGCAUAACGUUUCCAUUCCUCUUUCUAAAUCUAAAACCCUAAUCAAGGCUGUAGACCCAUUUGAUAAGUCCCUAAAUCACAGACCUCCCCGUUCCGCCACCAGCGCCGCAGCCUUCGUUGUUUCCUCCGACCAACCGCAAACACUGAAAGCCCGCCUCAAGAAUGGGGAGACCCUAUACGGGAUCUUCCUCCUCAGCUUCUCCCCGACUCUAGCCGAGAUUGCUGGCCUUGCAGGCUAUGAUUUUGCUGUGGUUGAUAUGGAACAUGGCCACGGAGGGAUCUCUGAUGCCCUUCCUUGCCUCCAUGCCCUCGCCGCUACCAAUACAGCUGCCAUUCUCCGCCUGCCUGAGUCCUCCGCCACCUGGGCGAAGAAAGCCCUGGAUCUGGGCCCGCAAGGAAUUAUGUUCCCCAUGAUUGACAGCCCGAAAUCAGCCCGAAAGGCUGUUUCCUACUGCCGCUUCCCGCCCAGUGGCGUUCGAGGCUCAGCCCACACCGUAGUUCGAGCGUCAGAUUACGGCAUCAACGAAGGAUAUCUAAGCAAUUACGAAGAAGCCCUGCUAAUCAUGUGCCAGGUAGAAUCCGAAGAGGGCGUGAAGAAAAUCGAAGAAAUCUCAGCCAUCGAUGGAGUUGACUGCAUUCAGAUGGGCCCAUUAGAUUUGAGCGCGAGCAUGGGAUACUUGUGGGAUCCAGGGAACAAGAAGGUAAAGGAAGUGAUGCGAUCAGCUGAGAGAGCAGUGCUGGGAUCCAAAGGUGGAGCCUAUUUGGCUGGUUUCGCAAUGCCGCACGAUAGCCCGGAGGACAUGAGGCUGAGAGGAUAUCACAUGGUGUCGGGCACCGUGGAUGUAGGAUUGUUUAGGAAUGCUGCGGUCGAGAAUGUGAACAAGUUUAAAAUGAGUUUGGUUGAAGGGUCUAGUGAGGAGAGGGAAGAGAGUAAAGAUGCUGAGGAGGAGAAAUACUGGAGUGAAUGAUCAAUUCGCAGGUUUAGUUUUCGGGGAAUGAGUUUUUUCCUUUGAUUUGGACAAGUUUGUGCAUCGAGUUCUUGAUGAAAAGUACUUCUCAAGUGAAUUGAAAAUUUCGAACGUUUUAGUAGUAUGCGUUUUACUAAUGGAGAAUGCCCUGAUACACGACGUCA